AUGGGAUAUUCCAAUAUUGGUUUAGUUGUUUGUUUCAUUACCUUUGCUGUAAUUCCCUUCAUAUCUGAAGCUCAAAAUACUCCCCAAGAUUAUGUUAAUGCUCACAAUGAAGCUCGUAGACAAGUUGGUGUUGGGCCUAUGACAUGGGACAAUAGGCUAGCGACCUUUGCCCAAAAUUAUGCUAAUCAAAGAGCUGGGGACUGCAGGAUGCAGCAUUCAGGUGGUCCUUACGGCGAAAACCUAGCCUCCGCAUUUCCCCAGCUCAAUGCGGCUGGUGCCGUGCAGCAGUGGGUCAAUGAGAGGCAAUGGUACAAUUAUAAUUCGAAUACUUGUCAAGCUGGUAGAGUAUGUGGACACUAUACUCAAGUGGUAUGGCGUAACUCGGUACGUGUUGGUUGUGCUAGGGUCAGGUGCAACAACGGGUGGUAUUUUAUAACUUGCAAUUAUGAUCCACGUGGUAAUAUGAGCGGUCAACGUCCAUUCCUUGUUGAAGAGCAACCAGACUUUGAUUCCAACUUAGAACUUCCAACUGAUGUCUCAAUAAAUUAAGCUUCA